CAGAACGCAGGUGCGCGUCGCGUGACUCGAUCCGAUCGAGCGACAUGGGGAAGAGCGACGGCUACGAUAAGAAAGCGCCCUGCCCGCUCGGCACCGGCACCAAGUUGGUGCGGGUCGGCGGCCAGCUCGUGUGCGUGGCGCACAAGCACGAGCCCACCGGGUACAAGGCUCCCGGAGCGUACGGCAGCAAGGUUGUGUUCGACGGGGAGAGCACGUCCAAGGCUGCGCUCGCUUCGGUGCGAACGAUUGGGCCCAAGACGACGAAGAAGAAGCUCGAACCCUACCACCCGCUCGCCGCCAGGAACCGGCCGAAGCAUCAGACGGAGAACAUCGCGUCAUCCAGGUUCGGGGUGCCGAAGGGGUUCACGGAGACGUACAGGAACAGCAGCCAAAUCAACCUCGGAGACGGUCACCCGGAUUCGAGCAAGCCGUGGAGGACGACGAACCAGAUUUACACGAACCGCACGCUCAUGACGGGGAAGGUUGGCAUCGAGACCAACGAGGGAAUCUUCGCCGAGUGCGCGGCGCUGACCCACAGCAAGUUUCGCAACUGAGAGGGAGGGGAAGAGGCGACGGGACUAGACGCCGCAUUGUGCUAAUAAGUAGCACCACUGUAAAGUAUCAGAUUCUAACACCCAAA